GGGUGUGGAUCAAACGGCUGGGAGAGGCCAAAGGCAUUUCUCAUUCAACUCCCUGGGUGAGUUUUUUUCCUCCGUCGGCGAGCGAGCACCCUCGUCCCGCUGCGGCGAGCGGCGGACGACGGUCACCACCGCUCGCCGGACGGCGAGCUCCUCCUCCGGCGGAGGCCGUCGUUCGCUGGACGGCGGCGGCCCAGUCCUCCGCUGCAGCGAGAUGACGCCCGAAACCACUUUCUCGGAUCCUCGCCAUUUCCGCGUACGCCGGUUUCACUCUUUUAAUGCGGGGAAGGAGCCUCCGCGGACUCUUCGCCGUGGCCGGGGAAGGCGGUGGCCUCGGCGGCGAGGGCCAGCUUCUGUGGCUCUUCGGCCACGCGGGUCUUCUCUGGUGAAUGUGGCGCCGGCAUUGCGUGUCCACCUCCUUCCUGAACCGGUAACCACUGCACCAGCUUCGCGGUGAGUGCCCCCCGCCGCUCCCCUCCCUGUCGCUGACGCAGUAACCCCAGAAUCUUUGCAAUUCACUACAGAAGAUGCAGCGAACGCCUGAAUCUGACCACAAUCAGCGCUGGAAUUCUCGAUCUACAACGAUCUACAAACACAAACAUUUGUCCGGGGUGUUUGGCUUUCUGCAACUGAAAGAUUAUUAUACCUCGUCAGAAGUGUUUGCGAUGAUUACUUUCUAGGAAUUUUCUCGCGUCAGUAGUUCGAUCACUUUGUAAUAGGAUGUCAGGCUAUCGGUUGAACAAAAAGACAGCAAGGCACGUUUGGAUACAACAAGUGUGCUGCUUAGAAAAUGGCACUUGGUGUUGACGCGACCUGCGUGCUCUGAAGUCUGCACAGGCUGUUUCCUUAGUUUUUGCUUUGCACGACAGAAGAAUCUAUGCUUUCCUGUCUGAAUAGAAAUUUAGUCUGACUUUGAUUAGAUGAGUCUGAAACCACACACCAAUUCCAUCUGUGUUCACCUUGUUUGCUUUGCACGACGGAGAAUCUAUGCUUUCCUGUCUGAAUAGAAAUUUAGUUUGACUUUGAUUAGGUGAGUCUGAAACCACGCACCAGUUCCAUCUGUGUUCACUUUGUUUAGAAUUGGAUGGGAGUGCAUCUCAUAAUGCCGGCAAAUAAUUUGGGACUCUUAUUUGAGUAUAUAAUGAGGACCAUAUGAGAACACAGUGGAUAUGGGGGAAAACGUGGUUCCAACAUAGGCCAUAGCUGAUAGCUACUUCUAUCAAGAUCAUGCAUUUACUGUACAAAUGGACUGAUUAGGUGGGCACUCGAGCACAGCAGUUUCACAUCUCUCUUGAAAGAGUGAAAGCUACACUAGGAACAAUGAAUUUGGAACAAGUAACCUAGCUACAAUCGAAUUCGACUGCUUACCUUGCACAUUGCAUUUAUACCACCGUGAGUCCUACACUGUCACACAAAGACCUCAAACACAAAGUUGAAUAGCAAGCAACCAUGGGGAGCAGUAGCAAGAGGCAUGGCCUCUUUGGCAUGAUCAGUUCCAGAUACAUGCUCAUCACCAGUUGUCUCAUCCAUGCCGUUCAUGUCCUUCCUAUAUGCAUAGCUCAGCCUUCUGAUGAGCAAGCACUGCUUGCGUUCAAGUCCGCCAUCUCUGCUGAUCCGAACGGAGUGCUUGCUGCAUGGACACCCACCUAUGGCAGGGUGAAUGCAACGGAUAACAUCUGUGGGUGGAGCGGUGUGUCAUGCCGCUCCCGACGGCACCCUGGCCGUGUCACGGCGCUGGAGCUCAUGUCAUCCAACCUGACAGGUGUGAUCAGCCCCAGCCUGUCCAACCUCUCCUUCCUCCACACACUCAACCUCUCUAGCAACCGCCUCUCUGGCAGCAUCCCAUCGGAGCUUGGCCUUCUGCGGCGCCUCCAAGUCAUCAGCCUCGGAGGGAAUUUCCUCACUGGUGAGAUACCCACAUCUCUCACCAAUUGUGCACGUCUCACCCAUUUGGAGUUGCAACGGAAUGGGUUUCAUGGUGAGAUCCCAGCCAACUUGAGCUACUGCAGGGAUCUCCGGGUUUUCAACGUUAGUGUGAACAUCCUGUCAGGUGGUAUUCCUCCAUCAUUUGGGUCGCUGUCGAAGCUCGAGUUCUUGGGCCUUCAUCGGGGCAACCUCACUGGUGGCAUUCCCCCAUCGUUGGGUAACCUCUCAUCACUCGUGGCAUUUGAUGUCAGUGAGAACUAUAACCUUGGUGGUUACAUACCCGAUGGCCUAGGGAGACUCACCAAGCUGAACUUUCUGAGGCUAGCUUUUACUGGUCUCAAAGGCACCAUCCCAGCCUCAUUGUUUAACAUGUCUCUCCUUAUAACACUGGACUUGGGAAACAAUGAACUAUCUGGUGUGCUGCCGCCCAACAUUGGUGUCACUCUGCCAAGAAUCCAGUUCCUUUCUUUGUACAACUGCCAGAUUGAAGGGGUCAUCCCAUUGUCGAUAGGCAAUGCUACAGGACUUCGUUUUAUUCAGCUCCAAAGCAACGCUCUUCAGGGUACCGUGCCCCCGGACAUCGGCAGGCUGAAGGAUCUCCAAGUGUUGAACCUGCAGUUCAAUCAGCUUGAUGAUAAGUGGGACAAGGAUUGGCCUCUGAUGGCUGCCCUGGGGAAUUGCAGUAGGCUGUUGGACCUGAGUCUUUCUAGCAACAAGUUUCAGGGUGUGCUCCCCCCUUCUUUUGUUAACCUCACCAUUGGGAUACGGCAGUUAUUUAUGAAUGCAAACAGGAUAAGUGGCAUAAUCCCCCCAGAGAUUGGCAAGUUCAGCAGUCUUCGUGUUCUUGCACUUGCUGACAAUACCCUGGCUGGCACCAUUCCAGACACCAUUGGCAGUCUUCGCAACAUGAUCGCCCUAGAUGUCUCCGGCAAUAACAUAUCUGGUGAGAUCCCACCUAUGCUGGUCGCAAACCUCACUCAACUUGCUAUUCUGGGCUUGUCACGGAACAACCUGCAAGGAAGCAUACCUGAAAGUUUUGAGACCAUGAGCAAUAUUGCAAUCCUGGACUUGUCUUACAAUCAAUUCAGUGGCAUGAUACCAAAACAAGUUGUCAGUCUCUCCUCUCUAACCCUUUUCCUCAACCUGUCUCACAACCUUUUCUCAGGUCCAAUACCUUCAGAAGUAGGUAGAUUGAGCGGCCUUGGGGUUUUAGACUUGUCGAACAAUAGGCUCUCAGGAGAGAUACCACAGGCGCUCUCUCAGUGCCAAGCGAUGGAGUACUUAUUUCUGCAGGGAAACCAGCUUGUUGGUAGGAUUCCGCAAUCACUCGUCUCACUGAAAGGGCUUCAAUACUUGGAUAUGUCACAGAAUAACUUGUCUGGUUCUGUUCCAGAUUUCUUAUCGACAUUGCAGUACUUGCGUUACCUGAACCUGUCCUACAACCAGUUUGAUGGACCAGUGCCGACAAAAGGAGUGUUCAAUGAUUCAAGAAACUUCUUUGUUGUUGGGAACAGAGUUUGUGGUGGUGUUUCAGAGUUGCAGCUGCCGAAAUGUUCUGGUACUGAUAACUCUGGUAAGAGGUUACACAAAUCAAGAACUGCACUGAUCGUGUCUAUCACCAUAGGGUCUUUCUUGGCCCUAGUCCUCAUCACAUGCACUUUUGUGGUGUAUGCUCGAAACCGAGUGAAUCAACAGCUUGUGCAGAGUAAUGAGACGUCUCCUGUGCCAAAGUUGAUAGAGCAGCACUGGAAAUUAUCCUAUGCUGAACUUCACAGGGUUACUGAUGGGUUCUCUGCAGCUAAUCUCAUUGGUAUUGGAAGCUUUGCCUCAGUGUACAGAGGAACACUAGGCAAUGAAAGGCAGGAAGUCGCAAUAAAAGUGCUGAACCUCCUACAGCAUGGCGCUGAGCGGAGUUUCCUAGCUGAAUGCGAGGCGCUGAGAAGUAUCCGACACCGCAAUCUUGUAAAUGUCAUCACAGCCUGUUCGACCAUAGAUCACAGUGGGAAUGAUUUUAAAGCUUUGGUGUAUGAGUUUAUGCCUAACAGAGACCUGGACAAAUGGCUUCAUCCAUCCAUUUGGGAAGGUGAGAGUUCCUCUCGGACGCUAACCAUGACUGAAAGAGUGAGCAUUGCACUCAAUGUUGCUGAGGCUGUUGACUAUCUCCACCACCAUGGCCAUGCACCAAUUGUCCACUGUGAUCUGAAACCGAGCAAUGUACUUCUCGACAAUGACAUGGUUGCCCAUGUAGGAGACUUUGGGCUGUCACGGUUUGUUCAGGGAGCGAACAGGAUCCAGCACACGAGCAACACAGCUGGGAUCAAAGGCACCAUUGGAUACAUUCCUCCAGAGUAUGGAAUGGGCGGUGAAAUUACAGUGGAAGGCGAUGUCUACAGCUAUGGGAUUCUCCUGCUCGAGAUCUUCUCUGCCAAGAGGCCAACAGACCCCUUGUUUCAGGGAGGCCAAAGCAUCCGCAGCUACGUUGCAGCGGCUUACCCUGAGAGAGUCAUGGAAGUUGCUGAUCCAAUGCUGGUGCAGCACGAGGAGAAUAACAUUGGUGAUGGUAGUUUAAAGGAGUGCCUGCUGUCAGUGUUCCGUGUCGCGCUGCGAUGCACGGAGGAAUCACCGAGAGCAAGGAUGAUCACUAGAGAUGCCAUCAGAGAGCUAAUCGCUGUUAGGGAUGCUUGUGAUGACUGAUGAGUUAGGUAGCCGCAUGCACACCACUGCUGAAACUGUUGCGCAACAGAUUGUUUGGUGCUAAGCAUAGCAUGAACAGAGUAGCAUAGCCACCAGAAAUGAAUCAAAGUUUCCUGAUCGGCAUAAGCAGUGUGAACAGCUAUGUUGUUAAGUCUGAGUACCGUGUGUACAAGUGUGGACUUGCAAUCUAUAAAGUUGAGCUCAGAAGACUAGAUGGUUCCUUGACAAGGAGCAGAGUUUCAAUGGCGCUUUGCCGUCUUCUCCACAGUCCAGAUGCUGGACAUUUGCAGUCGCAUUUCUGAGAAGUGUGAAGGGUAGGGAAAAGGAGUCCGUUUUGGUAGGUGGCGACGUGCCGACGUGUCGCGCGCCUGAUAACCGACGUGUCUAUCUGGAGACUGGAGACUGGAGGCGGGCGGCGGAUCCCCUCCGCGCUCCCUCCCCCUCAUCGACGAGUCCCUUCCCGGAGCUGGCCGGCUGGCCGCCGGUGACCAGCUGCCUCCCUUCCCGGAGCUCUCGGCAGGGGCGCAGGCGCCGACGC